CACUGCACCAUCACCAAGUAGCAUCUACCCACCAUGGCUGCCACCCAAGAGGAGUUGUUAGGUGUUAUCGAGUCUGCGCCAGUGCAUCCGUCCGUCUUCCUCGACCAUGGUGACUCAAAGCAGCCACAGGAUGAUCUGUCCUUGGAAUACAUCUCGCGCAUGCUCAUGGAGGAUGAUAUUGUUGACAAGUUCACCUACCAGUACACUGAUCACCCGAAGCUCCUGCAGGUUGAGCAACCCUUCGCCCAGAUCCUCUCUGCUGCUGACACCACCUCAUUCGAUGGUGACGAGUCCUCGGCACUACCAGAUGUGCUUGCCUCUGCCUUGCUGCCCAGUAAGGUACAGGAUCCAGCCUUCUUCUCGAAUGGUACAGGCACAGUGGAGCCCAGGAAUGACGAGUUUCCCAUGGAGAGCGCUAGCAUCACCAGCAUGAACAAGAUGCCAAGCACGGAAUUCUUCAAAGGCAUGGAGAACACCGAAAUGUUCCUGCCCAGAGACUUCGUGAUGGUGGAUAGUAGGGGGUGUAAGAACAAGUUUGACGUGGAUGGUGUGACGGAGGCAGGCAUGGGCAGGAGCAGCAAGCAAAUAGCGGUGCUAGUGCAUGCUGACUCGGAGGAGGAGGACGAGCUCAAGAAGAGCUUGGACUGUCUCAUCCUCAAUGGCUAUGACAGGCACCCCGGUGAGAUGCAGGAGCUACUAAUCACUCCAGACAAGGAGAACAAGGUGGCACAGAAGAGCAGACGCAUACGUGGGAGGCGCGGUGCAACACAGACGGUGGUCACUGACCUAGAAACACUGCUGAUCCGCUGUGCGGAAGCAGUGGCCAGUAACGACCAUCGCAGCGCGAGCGAGGUACUGGAGAAGAUCAAGCGGUACUCCUCACCAACGGGGGAUUCUAGGCAGCGGCUGGCACAUUACUUCGCCCAGGGGCUGGAGGCACGGCUGGCCGGCACGGGGAGUCAGUUCUACCGUUCGCUCAUUGGGACACGCACCUCCACUAUGAAGCUUGUUCAGGCUUACCAUCUGUACAGCGCCACCUUCUGCUUCUUUAAGGUCGCAUUUCUCUUUUCCAACAAGACCAUCUACAAAGCUGUUGCAGGCAGGAAGAAACUGCACAUUGUGCACUACGGCAUCAACAUCGGAGUGCAGUGGCCGGAGUUGAUCCAGUGGCUGGCGGACAGGGAGGGAGGGCCACCAGAGGUGAGGAUGACCAGCAUCAGCAAGCCUCAGCCUGGGUUCCGCCCAUCUGAGCAAAUCGAGGAGGCAGGGCACCGUCUCAGCAACUAUGCAAGCAAGUUCGGCAUGUCAUUCAAGUUCAACGCCAUCACAGCCCAGCCAGAGGCUGUUCGGGCAGAGGACAUCCACAUUGACCCUGAUGAGGUGCUUGUCGUGAACAGCCUGUUCCAGUUCAAGACCUUGAUGGACGAGAGCCUCACCAUGGACAGGGUAAGCCCAAGGGACAUGGUGCUCAACACUAUCAGGAAGAUGAAGCCGUCUGUGUUUGUCCAUGCCAUCACCAAUGGGUCAUACAGUGCGGCGUUCUUCAUGACACGGUUCCGCCAUGCGUUGUACAACUUCGCAUCAUUUUUUGAUGUGUUGGAGACCACGAUUCCACGGAACAACGACAAGAGACUGAAGAUGGAGCGGGACUUUUUCGCACGUUCUGUCAUGAACAUGGUCGCCUGCGAAGGGGCAGACAGGGUGGAGCGCCCUCAGAACUACAGGGAGUGGCAGACUCGGAACCACCGGGCAGGGUUGAGGCAGUUGCCAUUGGACCCUGAUAUUGUUCUGAUGCUCAAGGACAAAGUGAAGAACCAGUACCACAAGCAUUUCAUGAUCAAUGAGGACCAUCGGUGGCUUCUGCAAGGGUGGAAAGGCCGGGUCCUCUACGCCCUCUCAGCAUGGGUAGCUGAUGAUGCUAGCAGUUCUAACGUGGCAUAGAUUCAACUGGAUGCUUGGGCACAUUUGCUCUGCUUUUGUGAGAUUGUACUAGUGGUUCUGAAUUGACAUAGAUGGAUUGAUAGAUUGAAGUACCAAUGGAUAUAUUGAUUUGAUCU